GUGGGCACUUGGCACCAGGCCAGGCAGGGAACAGAGCAGCUCAUCCCUGCACUGUGCUGCAGACAGGCUGUGUAAGGAUCCCACUCACCAGGCUCUAAGGCACAUUCUGCUUCUCCAUUCUCCCGUGGUUCUGCGCUCCAAACGAUCCCAGAAAUGAGAGAGAAGUAACAUAAAAUAUGUGUGUGGUGUAAGAACGUGUGCUGAAGUUUCAUGUUUCAGAAUGUACAAACCGUGGGCAACUGUGAAUAUUUUCAUCGUUUCUUAUCUACAUCUUCUGCAAGGAUCUGACUAUGAGAACGGAUCUGUGAAGAGAACAUCUCUGUCAGCAUUGGAGCGGUCAGAACAGCAGAUUAGGAGAGCAUCCAGCCUGGAAGAGCUGCUUCACAUCACUCACUCUGAGGACUGGAAGCUGUGGAAAUGCAGGCUAAAACUCAAGAGCUUGGCCAACUUAGACUCCCGCUCCGCUUCACAUCGCUCUACCAGAUUUGCUGCUGCUUUCUAUGAUAUCGACACACUGAAAGUCAUAGAUGAAGAAUGGCAAAAGACUCAGUGUGUGCCAAGGGAAACCUGUGUGGAAGUUGCCAAAGAGCUAGGUACAACAACCAAUAAAUUUUUCAAGCCUCCCUGUGUGAAUGUGUUCAGAUGUGGAGGCUGCUGCAACGAGGAGAGUCUCAGCUGCAUGAAUACAAGUACAACUUACGUGUCAAAAACGCUCUUUGAGAUCUCGGUUCCCUUGACAAGUGUUCCCGAGCCUGUGCCCAUUAAAAUUGCCAAUCACACAGCCUGUAAGUGUACAUCAAAUACCCAGCGCCACCAGUACACCAUCAUACGAAGAUCUGUCCAGUACCCAGAAGAAGAUGGAUGCCCCUUUACCAACAAAUUUUGCCAUAAUGGAUGGAUCUGGGAUAGUGACAAAUGUGAAUGUGUUAUAGACACACAGCACUCCAACAGACGAGAAGGACUCCCUCCUCUUGCUGAGCUGGCUAUGUGUGGACAACAUAUGGAAUUUGAUGAAGAAAAUUGUGAAUGCAUCUGUAGACAUAAGUGUCCCACAGAUUUCUUUCAAAGUAAAGAGAACUGCAGCUGCUAUUUGUGUAGGGAGAGCCAGGAGAGCUGUGCUCUAAAACACAAGAUAUUUCAUGCUGAAACCUGCAGUUGUGAAGACAGAUGUCCCUCCCAACCCAGAACAUGCCCAACUGCCAAACCAGUGUGUUCCAGGCAUUGUCGUUGUCCAAAGGAGAAGAAAGGUACUCAUGGGUCCCAAAGCAGAGAAACUCCUUGACUGAGCUUCCCCUACUCUUUGAAAAUCCACUGCUUUGCAAAGUAGCUGUCACUGACUUUCAAACAAUAGUAAACAUGAACAUCUUCCACAUUAAUAGCAGAAGAAUUAAUCCAGUCUGCAUUUAUUUAUUAAUCACUAACUGCAAGUGAAUCCUCUGGGACACUGGUAAUUGUUCUCCAAGAGGUAACAACAGCUGAUGAAUUUCUGGCUGCAUGGAAGAAAGAUUGGCAAGUACCAGUUCAAGCUUACAUUAUGGAAGAUGAAACUGUGUAUUGGAAAUAGAGUCACAGUGUCCAGCCAGUCAUUCAGAAAUUGAGACUUGAUAAUCUUAGCCUCUGAAUCCUUAGCUAAUGCAGCUCCUGGGUAAAACUUUCUUCAGAAAUUCAGUGUACAGGAUUUGGCUUCUAAUAGGUUCAGCACUGAGUUAUUUGAUCUACUGUCCAGCUUUGAUUAUAAUUUUGUGUUUAUUGUACAACUACUGUCAGAUGUGCCAUAUUUAAGUGUAUAUAAGAAAAUAAAUACAUCAGUUAUUCGAGUGGA